CACCGGCGCACAAAAUGACGACGACAGGGAAAACGAAGCCUUUGAAGGCUCCGACGGACCGGAGCAAUGAUGAUGAAGACUUUGCAGAUCAGAAUCAGGACAUCAAGGCUGAUUCGCCCACAGAUAGCCAUUUUCUCUCGCAAGUGGAGCAGGACGAGAAAGGGCUGGCGCAGAAAGCCGGCGCUACUCAGGAUGUAUCGGAUGUCGGAUGGGGCCAGUCGCGCGAUGAAUUCGAGGAGAGAAUCGUGUCGAGUCUCUCUAAUGAGGACCUCUGGAUGCUGAUCCGGCGGUUUAAUAAGCAAAUAUACUACGUCAAAGCCCUUCCAGAGGCUCCGUUGCAGAAUCUGGAUCUUAUUCGCUCCGAAGAUGAGCAAUUUUCGCCCGACAAGUUGCGCGCGACGAUGGAGCGCUUCUAUACGACUAUCGUCGUGGCUGCGGCUAGCUCUGUCAAGCACAUUGCGAGACUACGCUCGUGGAAGGAGACUCGUCGCACGUCUGCUUUCUGUGCAGUCUACUUCGUCGCAUGGCUGUUGGAUCUCCUCGCUCCGACAUUCUUCUGCUUUCUCCUCGCCCUGGCAGUCUACCCACCAUGCAGAGCCAUGCUUUUCCCGCCUGCCCCCAUCGCAUUAGUUGAUAUGAACACGGGCGGCGUGCAGAAGCCCUCGGCGAAUGUCCUCGGCUCACACGAUAGUAUCACGGGAGCUCCGGAGAAACUCAAGGGUGAAGCGGCCGAGCAAGAAGCCAGUAACAUGAUCACCAGCGUCGCCAGCGUUGCUGUAGGCAGCAUUGCUGGUAAGCAUGACCAGGCUACGCCCGAAGACGCUCCUUUGGAGGCUUCUGUGCCUGAUGCUACGGAUAUCAUUUCCGAUACUGCUGAUGCCCAGGCUACUGCGCAUGGGGAAGUUCCGGCAGACAGUCACGAUAAGACUAGACAGCCGAUGAAGGAGACGGUUCUGAAUGGGGCGAAUCAGUUGAUGCGGAUUCUGAGUGAUGUUAUUGAUACUUAUGAGAAGAUUGGAAACGCUCUUUCGCCAACAUCGCCGUUUCCUGUUUUUAGGCCGUAUGUACGGUUUGCGACUGUGUUGACCUCCGCUAUACUAGUAUCUUUGGUCACAUCCAGCUAUCUCUUUGUCAAGGGUGGUACUUUCAUCGUUGGAUUCGCCUUCUUCGGAGACCCGGUAUUCUGGCGAGUUACUGCGUACUUGGAUCGCAAGUACCCCGGAUGGAAGCAUCUCCUGCAGUUGCAAAACUCCCUCCUGAAAGGCGUCCCCACCAACGCCCAGCUCACCAUAACCCUCCUUCGCAUCGGCGAAGCAAACGCUGCGCCCCUCCCCCCACCUCCAGACCACUCACAGACCAAAGCCCCAUCCCACCCGGCCUCCAUCCACGCCGAAGACCUCACCCUGGGUGCCUCGACCGAAGAAAUCCACCAAGCCGCAUCACCCAGUGCCCCAGCGCCCUCUGCCCUAACGCCCUCUGCCCCAACGCCCUCUGCACCAAAACCCGCCCACCCCCCUAAACCCCAGAAACCAUGGAUCUCCUCCAUCAUCGGCUUCUUCCGCGGCACCACCGCCACCGGCAUCCAGAGCAAACUAGCCGUCGACCGGGUCCGCGCCGCCGUUGGGUCCGGCCACGCCAAAACGCGCAUCGGCAUCCUACAUCGCAAAGGCGUAUCCACCUCCCCCUCGGGCCCCGUCGAGUUCGACGCCCGAUACAAAGGCAAGCGCGGCGCCCUGGUCAUCGACUCCUCGCUGGACCCGGCGGUGUUGUACUUCACGACGGACGACACGGCGCAGCUGGACCCGCGCUUGAGCAGUCGGGGCAAAGGCGCGGUGCUGUUCACGAUCCCGGUCACGGAGAUCCAGGAGAUGAGGAAGAUCGGGGGGUUGGGGUGGAAGGGGAAAUUGGUUGCGGGGUGGGCGAUGGGGAGUAAGGAGGUGGUUGAUGGGUUGGUGAUUGUCGGAAGGGAGGCGAAGACGUAUCGAUUGACGGCGAUGAGGAUGCGCAAUCAGUUGUUUAAUCGGCUGGUUGCGAUUGAUGGACAGGUUUGGGAGUGUCUUUGAUUUUUUAUGGAUGUUUGCUAAGUUGAUGCAGGUUUGGAAGUAAUCUGUCGGGUUUAGUGUUGUUGUAUAGGGUAGGCGUGGGUGGAUGGGAAUGGAACAGGGGGAAAUUGGC